UUUGAUCUGGCCUUAAUUUCCUUCUGCAAAGCACUCCCUCCUCCGUUAGGUGUUGGCCCAGGAUAGUGUGGGAUAACGGGGUCUCAAUGCGGCUGGUGGAGGCGGCGAGGUGCAGCCUCAGAUAUCUGGGCCGUAGAAAGGACGUCAUUGGUAUAGGAUCCCUUAGGUCUUAUUUCUGGGGAUUCUUGGUGGUUAGACGCCAUUUAAAUGAAUUGUGUGAGACCUGAAAACGAACUCGUAACUCCAGCACGGUGACAUCGUACCUGUAAAAUCUCAGGUCUGUUUUUCUUAAAUCGGGUAUGUGUUUCUGUUGCUGAGCCUUUAGUGUGGGUAGGAAACCCUCUCCCUAGCAUUCCGUCCUUCCAUUUCGGAAGGGAAAGCUAGCGCCCUUGGCGUAGUCCAUGGGCUUGAGGGCAGGAAUGGAUGUUUCCCCAGCUGUGUGCGCUGUGGGAAUCCGUAAGUGGGGGUGGGACUGGUCAGUGGCUGGGGUCAACCUAGGAUUUGGCAAGCGGAGUGCUCCUUCCGAGUUUGAUUUGUACUCUGAAGUGCGUUCUUACCAGCGAUUAAUGAUUGGAAGUUUGAUUUUAAUCAUUAAUGUAGGAAACUUUUUUUUCUCACAGAUGGGAUCUUCAUCAUCUUUUGGUGAUUGUUUUAAUUGUGACCGUGAAUUUCUUGUUACUCGAGCUAGGUGGAAACUCACCUUUCAACUUAAUUGUAAACAGGUGGCCAGAGCUAUUCAGUUGCGAUAGUACAAUUAUUUCACAGGGAAACAGUUCUCUUCAUUCCCAUGGCCUUCGUCAUCUGAAGAAAUACUUAUUUGAUUUUUUUUUUUUCCCCAAUCAGAGGAGUAUAGCUGUGACUAUGGAUCUGGCAGAUUCUUUAUCCUUUGUGGAAUUGGAGGAAUUAUUAGCUGUGGCACAACACAUACAGCAUUGGUUCCUCUAGAUCUGGUUAAAUGCAGAAUGCAGAGUACAGUUGUGAAUAUGGCUCCAUGAAGUUUUAUGCACUGUGUGGCUUUGGUGGGGUCUUAAGUUGUGGUAUCACACACACCGCCGUCGUUCCUCUGGAUUUAGUGAAAUGCCGUAUGCAGGUGGACCCCCAGAAGUAUAAAGGCAUAUUUAAUGGAUUCUCAGUUACACUUAAAGAGGAUGGUGUUCGUGGUUUGGCUAAAGGAUGGGCUCCAACUUUCAUUGGCUACUCUAUGCAGGGACUCUGCAAAUUUGGCUUUUAUGAAGUCUUCAAAGUCUUUUAUAGCAACAUGCUUGGAGAGGAAAACACCUAUCUCUGGCGCACAUCACUGUAUUUGGCCGCCUCUGCCAGUGCUGAAUUCUUUGCUGACAUUGCCCUGGCUCCUAUGGAAGCUGCUAAGGUUCGAAUUCAAACCCAACCAGGUUAUGCCAACACUCUAAGGGAUGCAGCUCCCAAAAUGUAUAAGGAAGAAGGCUUAAAUGCAUUCUACAAGGGGGUUGCUCCUCUGUGGAUGAGACAGAUACCAUACACCAUGAUGAAGUUCGCCUGCUUUGAACGUACUGUUGAAGCAUUGUACAAGUUUGUGGUUCCUAAGCCCCGAAGUGAAUGUACCAAGGGAGAGCAGCUGAUUGUAACAUUUGUGGCAGGUUACAUAGCUGGAGUCUUCUGUGCAAUUGUUUCUCACCCUGCUGAUUCUGUGGUGUCUGUGUUGAAUAAAGAGAAGGGUAGCACUGCUACUCAGGUCCUCCAGAGACUUGGAUUUAAAGGUGUGUGGAAGGGACUCUUUGCCCGUAUCAUCAUGAUCGGCACUCUGACUGCACUACAGUGGUUCAUCUAUGACUCCGUGAAGGUCUACUUCAGGCUCCCUCGCCCUCCUCCACCUGAGAUGCCAGAGUCUCUGAAGAAGAAGCUUGGAUUAACUGAGUAGAUAGAUCAAUGCACAUAUGGACUGAAUCUGCUUUUGGUCAGUGUUGACGGAAGUGCUAAAGGAACUUUUAUAUAUUUGACAGUGUAGGAAAUCGUCUAUUCCUGAUAUAAUUACUGUAGUACUCUUGCUUAAGGCACGAGUUUCAAAUUUGCUGUUGAAAUAAAUCCAAUUGGUCAUGA